AUGAGACACACACAGUGCACAUUCCUGGUGGUUCUUCUUUCCAUCUUUGAUGACUGCUUGGCACAGACUUCGUGUGCAGUAGAGUCUUUCUCUGUGAAGGAAAAUUUUGACCCCCAGAGGUAUGCGGGUAAAUGGUACGCCCUGGCUAAGAAAGACCCAGAAGGCCUAUUUCUACAAGAUAACAUCUCAGCUGAAUACACAAUCGAGGAGGAUGGCACUAUGAUUGCGUCUUCUAAAGGCCGAGUGAAGCUUUUUGGAUUCUGGGUGAUCUGUGCAGACAUGGCGGCCCAAUACUCAGUGCCUGACCCCGCCACACCAGCAAAAAUGUUCAUGAAUUAUCAAGGCCUGGCCAGUUAUUUGUCCAGUGGAGGUGACAACUACUGGGUGAUCGACACAGACUAUGAUAACUAUGCCAUCACUUAUGCCUGCCGAAGUCUGAAAGAGGAUGGCUCCUGUGAUGAUGGCUACGCCAUUAUUUUCUCUCGCAAUCCUCAGGGCCUCCCCCCAGCCAUUCAGCGUGUUGUGCGCCGAAAACAGGAAGAAAUCUGCAUGUCAGGCCAGUUCCAACCAGUGCUACAAUCAGGAGCUGGAGACAGCCAGUGCAAGAACCUCAGCCUGCCAAUGACCACAUGGGAUAGCUUGGUUGAAAGUAGCCGGCUGAAGAAGGACGACAUGGGGAUGUUCAAGAGGCACGAGAGAAGCUGCCGUAAGAACUGUAGCUUGCAUUUUGAAUGA